AGGUUGCCACAAAUGUUAUAUUAUUUUUUUUGCCGUUCGCCAGUCAACCAAUUGGUUGGACGCUUCUGUCAGAAAUGGAGUAUCAUGAUCUGUGAGUCGUUUCCAGAGUGGUCUGUGGCGUUAUUACUAGACUAAAUUCAUUGUCAUGCGAUAUGUCCAAAAAUAGUCAAAAAAAGAAAUGCUGAUUAAAACUCCUAAAUCAACUGCCAAAAAGUACUUAAAGCGUGGCUUUUUGACGUUAUUCGUAGCCGAGUCUUUGUGUUUCGUCGCGACCUACGGUAUUUGGUACAAAGUGAACACUGACAGAGAGACCCGAAAGUACUUGAAACUAAAUUACCCGUCUCUGUUGGAAGUAUAUUACAAAACGGGUGAAUUCAUUGAUUCCAACAACAGAAUUCGUCAACUAGACCAGACUUAUUGGGAGGCGAACGAGUCUUUUAAUGGCUAGACUUAUCCAGUCCCUAUUUUGGCUUACUUCGAUUUCCGGAUUGGGAUACGGGCUACUGGUUCUUACCGCACCUUCCCAAGAGAGAAGCGACAUAUUCAGAAGUAACCAGCCGGCGGAAGAGCGUCAACAAUUCACCAGCAAAAACCAGCAAAUUUUAAAUGUGCUCAAAGCGGCCGCCUCUUCCGACGCCCCCCUCUACCGUUUGUCCAAAGCGGAGAUCGAGAAGGAGUUGAAGAAGCACCAGU